AUGAACCCCAGCACCCCCAGCUACCCCAUGACCUCGCUCUACGUGGGGGACCUCCACCCCGACGUGACCGAGGCGAUGCUCUACGAGAAGUUCAGCCCGGCGGGGCCCAUCCUCUCCAUCCGGGUCUGCAGGGACGUGCUCACCCGCCGCUCCUCCGGCUACGCCUACGUGAACUUCCAGCACCCGAAGGACGCGGAGCGUGCUCUGGACACCAUGAAUUUUGAUGUGAUAAAGGGCAAGUCGGUACGCAUCAUGUGGUCUCAGCGUGAUCCAUCACUUCGCAGAAGUGGAGUGGGCAACAUAUUCGUUAAAAAUCUGGACAGAUCCAUCGGUAACAAAGCACUGUACGAUACCGUGUCUGCUUUUGGCAACAUCCUCUCGUGUAAGGUGGUCUGUGAUGAAAAUGGUUCCAAGGGCUAUGGAUUUGUGCACUUUGAGACACAGGAAGCAGCUGAAAGAGCUAUUGAAAAAAUGAAUGGAAUGCUCCUAAACGAUCGCAAAGUAUUUGUUGGGCGAUUUAAGUCUCGUAAAGAACGAGAAGCUGAACUUGGAGCUAGGGCAAAAGAGUUCACCAAUGUUUACGUCAAGAAUUUUGGAGAAGACAUGGAUGAUGAGCACCUUAAGGAUCUCUUUGGCAAGUUCGGGCCCGCCUUAAGUGUGAAAGUAAUGAAAGACGAAAGUGGAAAAUCCAAAGGAUUUGGAUUUGUAAGCUUUGAAAGGCGUGAAGAUGCACAGAAAGCUGUGGAUGAGAUGAAUGGAAAGGAGCUCGGUGGAAAACAAAUUUACGUUGGUCGAGCUCAGAAAAAAGUGGAACGGCAGACGGAACUUAAGCGCAAAUUUGAACAGAUGAAGCAAGAUAGGAUCAGCAGAUACCAGGGUGUUAAUCUUUAUGUGAAAAAUCUUGAUGAUGAUAUUGAUGAUGAACGUCUCCGGAAAGAGUUUUCUCCAUUCGGUACAAUCACUAGUGCAAAGGUUAUGAUGGGGGGUGGUCGCAGCAAAGGGUUUGGUUUCGUGUGUUUCUCCUCCCCAGAAGAAGCCACUAAAGCAGUUACAGAAAUGAAUGGUAGAAUUGUGGCCACAAAACCAUUGUAUGUCGCUUUAGCUCAGCGCAAAGAAGAGCGCCAGGCUCACCUCACUAACGAGCAUAUGCAGCAUAUGCAGAGAACGGCAAGUGUACGAGCUGUGCCCAACCCGGUAAGCAACCCCUACCAGCCAGCACCUCCUUCAGGUUACUUCAUGGCAGCUCUCCCACAGACUGAGAACCCUGCUGCAUGCUCUCCUGCUAGCCAGAUUGCUCAACGAAGACCAAGUCCUCGUUGGACUGCUCCGAAUGUCAGACCUCAUCCAUUCCAAAAUAUGCCGGGUGCUAUCCACCCAGCUGCUCCUAGACCACCAUUUAGUACUAUGAGGCCAGCUUCUUCACAGGUUUUACGAGUCAUGUCAACACAGCAUGUUGCUAACACAGCACAGAUAAUAGGUCCACGUCCUGCAGCUGCUGCAGCUGCAGCUACUCCUGCUGUCCGCACCGUUCUGCGGUUUAAAUAUGCUGCGGGAGUUCGUAAUCCUCAGCAACAUCUUCAUACACAGCCACAAGUUACAAUGCAACAGCCUGCUAUUCAUGUACAAGGUCAGGAACCUUUGACUGCUUCCAUGUUAGUAUCUGCCGCUCCUCAACAGCAAAAGCAAAUGUUGGGUGAACGGCUGUUUCCUCUGAUUCAAGCCAUGCACCCUACUCUUGCUGGUAAAAUCACUGGCAUGUUGUUGGAAAUGGAUAAUUCAGAACUUCUUCAUAUGCUCGAGUCUCCAGAGUCACUCCGUUCUAAGGUUGACGAAGCUGUAGCUGUACUACAAGCCCACCAAGCUACAGAGGCUGCCCAGAAAGCAGAUAGCAGCGCCACUGGUGUUCCAACUGUUUAAAAUCAAUCAGGGACCAUGAAAAGAAACUUGUGCUUCACCGAAGAAAAAUAUCUAAACAUUGAGAAACUUAAAUACUAUGGAAAAAAUUGCAAAAAUUAAAAUAAAAAAGGAAAGGAAA